AUGUAAAAAAAUGAAAUCCAUAUAGGUAUAGAAAGGGAAAACCAUAAAUUAUUUGAUGAUCUCUAGAAAAUGGAUCUUCUAGCUCAACCCAUAACAAUUUCUAUGAUUAAAAUUUAAUUUACUCAUGAGAGAAUUUUAGGGAUCAAAAUAAAAUACAGAGGGAUGGAUGGAAAAACCAUUGUUGGCUAAAGUAGUAGAAAACUCAAAAUAUUUGGAGUGCAUUUUGAGAAGUUUAAAAUAGAUAAAAAUGAUUGUAUAAAAGAAAUCUUUGGAUUUGCAAGUACUUCAAUCAAUUAGCUCGGAUUCAGAACAUACAAAGGCCAUUAGGUAACUUGUGGAUCGCCGAAGGGAUAAACAUUCUCUUACUAAAUACCAAAUCACACAUUCAUAGCAGCAAAAGGAUCUCAUGAAGAAUUUUUAGAAUAUCUUUGUUUUAGAGUAAUCCCAUUAACCCAAGAAUAAAUAACUAAUUUGGGAAUCGAUACUCAAAUAAAUAAAUAACAAUCCUUUCAAACAUGAAUUAUAAAUAAUCUUAAUCAGAAUUUUAAAUAUACUUAA